CUCGGCAUAGCGACUGUCUGUGAAGCAGCAAUCAUGAACCGACCAUUCGACUGUGAAUGGGGAAACACCUUGCAGGUUUCCCCUUCCAUUGUAAUUCCUCCCAUCGACGCAUCUAGUAAAGAGCUCCGGAAGAGCUGCAAUAGUUCCCGUGCAAGCCGCUCGAGCUCGAACUCGAGCGGAGGCGGCAUGCUGAAGGAGAGGACUAGAAAAAGGACGUCUGUUCUUCGGAGCAAGUCUGACUCUUCCUCCGGUACAAAGCAGCCACUUAGAUCCAAAAAGAAGCAAAGCACAGUAGAUCAGGAAAUAAGGAGAGAUGAAAUUGCCUUGAAAGGUAAGCCUAAUGCGGGGGCUACUCCUAGAUCUGUCAAUAAGACGAGAAAAGCCAGGUUUCGCAAGACCGUGCCUAUCGACAGAAGCCCGCGAAUCUCAGCAAGACAACAAGAUUUGAAUGAAUCGGUUGGAAAUAUAAGCACCAACACACCCACCACGUUGUCAUGCAGCUUUUCAUCUUUGAGCCCGAGCCCGUACACGAUAAAUGCGAGGAGAUCAAAUCGACUACAAAGUACGCCUCGGAGAACGUCCCAAAUUUCACCUGGGCCUCGAAUGACCUUGUCAAGACGUCUCCCUCAACCGCCUUUGUCGGCAAUAAUAUCUCCGAGACAAUCUGCGCUUAAAGAAGCCAAACAUCAAUCCACUUUCGAUGACUCUUAUUCUAUAUCUACUGCCGGGGGUGACCUCGACUUCAACGCCCCGUUCUCUGAGAAAACACCAAAUCUCUGUUUAUCCACUCAGUUUACUGUUCUCAAUUCACAAGAUACGUAUUGGCGUCGUAAGAAAUCUGAGAAUAUAGCGACCCCAGCGAAAACAAGGAGACAAAAUUCCUCCGUCAAGCUACCUUCUAUUCGCCUGGACGACGCUAUUCCUUCUAGCUUCGCAGAUUGGACGAAUUUUGGCCAGCCUUCAGACAACAGAAACGAAAUGCCUUCUUCUAUUCCAUUGUUUAUUGUUGAUCGAGCGAAAGACCCUCAGGUUUCUCAAGAGACUCCGAAGGAGCGCAAACAACGUGUUUUGUAUGAGCUCGUCGCGAUCAACAAGAAGAAAAUUCAAGCUGCGAAUCCGUUGCAAGCACGGCCUCCCACUCCGCCACUCGCGCGACAUCGACUACCGCUAUCACCCAAGAAGCGUUCAAGUUUAUUAAGCACAAAUCAACGAGGAAAUGUGGUACAAGAAUCGACUCGCUCAAUUUCCUCGGAUGCGCCUACCUUCACUACAAAGAGCUCCAAUCGUAAGCCUCGUGGUGUGGAUAUUUUUGGUCAAAACAUAGACGCCUUGAGUGCUUUCUAUGAAUCUCCUGAGGAAAUAGUCAUCUGGCGACGUUACACAUAAUCUAAGAUUCAUACAUCUGAUCAUUUCUCUU